CUACCAGAGAGAUGCUCCCAACCAAAUAUGGCAUAAAAAAACCUCAAUCCAUGAGAUCCAAGAGUAUCAUCUAUAUUAGUAAGGAGUUUCUGUAGAAGCAAAAUUCAUAUGAGUUGGACAUUGGCAAAAGCCUCGUACUCUUUUAAUUUCAUGAAUUUACAUAGCAGGAAUAAAGCUAGUUUUACUCAUUGAAAUCGGGUUGUGGAGUCCAUAAACCGAAAAAAAAUAAUCAGAUGAUGGGUGCUUCCUCUACGUUGUCGUUUCACAAGUUCCUCUCCGUCCCCCCUUCUCUCUCUCACCUCAAAAAUGGCGGGACUUCCUUCUCCUCCUCCUCUCCGACCUCAAUGCCACUCCUCCAUAGGCCUCGCCCUUCUCUCCUCCGCCUCCACACUCCAAACGCACCGUUUCGCCUCCCCUCCGAUCGCAAACCCACCGCCCGCAAUGUCAAGCUCCACGCUUCACUCCCAAACCCUCCCCCCUCCUCCGCGAUCUCAAACGGCGUCGUUUUCAGCUCCGUGAUUACCAUAGCCCUGGCCGUCGCCAACCGCGUUCUCUACAAGCUCGCACUCGUCCCCAUGAAGAACCACCCCUUCUUUCUGGCCCAAUUCAUAACCUUUGGUUAUGUGGUGAUAUAUUUCUCAAUAUUGUACAUACGGUACCGUUCUGGGAUUGUGACUGACGAAAUGCUAAGGCUUCCGAAAUCGCGGUUCGUGGCUAUCGGAGCCUUAGAGGCCCUUGGAGUCGCUUCUGGGAUGGCUGCUGCAGCCAUGCUUCCCGGACCGGCCAUACCCAUAUUGAGUCAGACGUUUUUGGUGUGGCAGCUUGGUUUUUCUUCUCUUAUCUUGGGAAGAUCAUACAGAAUCAAUCAGAUUGUUGGCUGUAUCCUCGUAGCUGCAGGUGUAGCGCUAGCUGUUGCUAGUGGGAAAGAUUCUGGCCAGAUGCUAUCUGGAGUUGAGUCUGUGUGGCCAUUACUAAUGAUUUCUUCAAGUGCUUUUCAAGCUGGUGCAUCUAUAAUCAAGGAAUUCGUCUUUGUUGAUGCUGCGGUCCACUUAAAGGGAAAAUCACUUGACAUAUUUGUUGUCAACUCUUUUGGAUCUGGAUUUCAGGCUCUUUUUGUACUUCUAUUUCUACCUUUCUUAUCAAAUAUGAGAGGCAUACCAUUCGCCCAACUUCCUACAUAUCUAAAAGAUGGUGCUGGUUGCUUUCUCAAUAUGGGAGCUACUGCAUCAGGUUGUAAUGGGGCUCCAUUGCUUCCACUGCUUUACAUAGCUGCCAAUCUGUUGUUCAACAUAAGCUUGCUGAAUGUAGUAAAGAUCUCCUCUGCGGUUGUUGCUUCUCUUAUUGUGAUGUUGUCAGUGCCAAUCUCGAUUUAUGUUCUUUCCCUUCCAUUGCCAUAUCUCCGAGAGGGUGCAACUUUGAGCCCCUUCUUCCUCUUUGGUAGUGCGGUUCUUGUCUUGGGUCUUAUUUUGUACAGCAUACCCCAACCUGCCAAGGAUGUUUCUGAAAUUAGUUGAUAUGAUAAUCUUUAUUUGUUAUGAAUCCAAAUCCAGAUUAUGCUUCAGUUUUUAUCUUCGUUAAAUUUCA